GAAUACUCGAAUGUGCCCUAAUAAUUAGGAAGGGGGGGGGGUCUGGUAGGUACAGGACCACGAAGCACUCAUAAAAAAAUUUCCAACAUAGGAGGCAAUUAGAUUUUUAAUACCGCGCACAAUUCUCUAGCAUUUACAUAUGUCUUUAUCUCCUGGGAACACUCACUGGUACCAGUUUAUUGUAGAUAAGGGACUGUUGAAGGCCAGACUAGUUUUAUGCACCACCAACAUUAUUAGUCUGUGGGAGGCUGGAAUCCCGCCUGGAAUCAGUCUGCCUAAACAUUUUCACCUCCACUUCAGUUUAUCAUUGACAUGUGGAUUGCGAGAAUUAUUUUAGUGAUUAUUUACAUUAAGUGGGUCUGUGGCUCUUCUACUAACAGGACAUUAAUCAACAGAUCAUUGAUGACGCCCCCAGAACCGAAGCUCUCGAUAUGUUGUCAAUCAGGAUCAUUCAUGACCCCUUCUCUAGACUGGAGAUGCUCAUCAAAUAGCUCGAAGCCUAUUCACGACCCGGAAAUACCUCCCAUUUUCACACAGGACUUGAAACCGUCGACGAAGAAACUUGACGAUUUUGAGAAAAUUUAUGGAAUUCCUUGUGUUUCGGAGCUUUACGAAUUACUAUGGGACGACUCUAGUGGGCCCGAAACUUACUACUUACUGGACAAUGGAGAAAUUUUAAUCACGGAGACAACUGAUAACUCCAGCGUUGCACACGUUAAGAAUUACUGCUUUGCCAGUUGGAUGGGAGAGAAUGGAACGUACACUAAAGUCUUUGCCUGUUUCUCACAAUGGAUUGACCCCGUUUACAUGAUCUUCAACAUCAUCCUCAUCCUGCCAAUACCAUUUCUUGCAGCCACGUUCAUUGUUUAUGCUUUAUUACCGGAGUUGAGGAAUACUCACGGGCUCAUCUUGAUGGGUUACAUCUCGGCGUUGUUCUGGAGCAAACUGGGAUCGUCUCUGGUUCGUUUUGAGAUUGUCAAUAAGGAUAAUUGUCAAAUAUUAUGCACUUUAACGGGAUUUAUUGUUUAUUUCUGGAUCGUCUCGUCAUUCUCCUGGCUCAACGUCAUGUGCUUCGAUAUCUGGUCGAUUUUCAGACGAUCACCUGCACUACAAUGCUGUAACAAUGGUAAAGAACGGAGGAAAUUCAUCCUUUACUCACUCUACGCAUGGGGAUAUCCAUCACUCAUGACAGGAAUUUGCAUUGUCAUGGAUUUUGAACCCAACAUUUCCAACGAGAUUACCAAACCGAAAUUUGGAGAAAGAGGUUGCUGGUUUCAGGUUCUUCAGAAUCAGUAUAUUUCUACUACCCUGUUGCGGUCACAGUCAUCUGGAACGUUUCUCUGUUUGUGUCAACGAUAAUGAAAGUACUUCAGCAUAACAGAAAAACCGGAGCCCAGCUCAAUGGAAGUGAUAGUCGGCGACACGAUGUUCAACGCCAGAGGGGAAAUCUCUACAUGAAACUCAUCGUCGUAAUGGGCAUAAAUUGUUCACUGGAUACAAUCACUUGGGCAGUGGGACAUCAAAGCCAAUGGGGGUGGUACCUGGAAGACAUUCUCAGCACCAUACAAGGCAUAAUGCUA